AUGACCGCACCAGUGAUUGGAGGGAUUCUGGGCGGGAUCGGAUUUCUUGCACUGAUAGGAUUGAUCAUAUUUUUCUGUAGGAGAAGACGGAAGUCAAAGAAAAAAUCAUUGCUCAGACCUCUGAACACUGGAAGUCGCGAUCAAUUUUAUGAUAUUGAUAAGAGGGCACAGGGCCAGUAUUACGAUAUUUAUGAUGAUUCCGUAGCAUCAGCAGGUCGUGGUACCAAUUUUAAGACGCAAAUAGGUGGUGCCGCCACAACUUUUAGUGCAGGUUUAGCUGGAAUAGGUUCUACUCUUAGGUCUCAUGUCCAGCCAGGAAAUAAGCCAACUGUGAAUUUGGAUAGAGGCAACUCGCAGUUCUUCGAACCGCCAAUUCCCUACCAUAGCAGAAACAAUUCCUUGGUAUCUGCGCAUUUAUUGCACUACGCUGCAAAAGAUCGAGCCGAGGAUUUCACAAACAAGAUUAAAGGUGUAUUCCGAACAACUCAGAGAGAAGAAAAUGACCCUUUUGCGGGGGCACGUGGGAUGUCCGAAAAACAGACGAAUUUUAGCCGACCCCAGGACUUUGGGAAUCUGAUGGACAUGGAUGAUCGCAAUCUGCUGAUGAAAGCUGAGCGUCGCCGUCUCUCCCUUUCUUCCAACUCGGGUUCUGGACAGAUGCUCGGUAGUCUCGGAUUAGAUUUUGGCAUUCCACAAGACCCAUUUGCGGACCCUGUUCCAAGGACGGCGGCCUCGAAUUCGAAUGUUAAUCCAUUUGCGGACCCCAAUACAUGGGAUUCUAUUUCUCGGCCCGAUCCUGCUAUCCCGAGAACCAAUACAUAUAUCAGUGACGUCCGUCGUUCUCGCGGCGAGUCAUUGGACAGUACUACUCGAGGUCAUAAGAACGCGCCAAGUAGUGUGUAUGGACCAGCAGCAUAUAGAACUCCAAGCAUCAGUAACGUAUCACGAUAUCCAUCAAGUAUGGCACCCAGCACGGAGAGCUUCCGCGAUACGCUAUACUCUACAGCCUCUAACAUAAAUAAUACACGGAGAAUGGCUGGACGAUCUGACCCUUUUGACCUUGAGCGUCCAGAGCUAUGGCUACCGGUAUUGGCAAACAGCGUUCCUAAGGCAAAUAGCCCUGCGUUACUUGAACGUGGUUCCGAUCUGUAUCCUGAUCCAUUAUUGAUGCCCGAUUCUAAACCGGGCCAGGCACCAGUAAUGCCAAUUCAGAGAGUCAUGACCAAUAGCACGAGAGUACCAAGUCAAGGUACUUACGAGAGCAGGUACAGCAGCAGAACGUCGAUGGGUGAGUGGGGAGAUCCAGGGCCAGAUGUAGGCAGUGGACCGAGCAGUUUUGCUGACCAAGGGUUCUAUAACAUGAACGGAAACAUGAAUCAACAAUGGGAUGCAAGGAGAAACGUGGAUAAUGUUAGUCUGGUGAGUGCUACCAGUAGUAAGGGAGGGGUUGGCAAAGCUCGAUGA